GAGACGGGACUUCCAUUCUAUCCAGUCCACCCACCAGCCCGAAUCCACAAUCCCAGCUGAAGCAGCUGGCAUCAAGCAGAAGUCACCCACCAUGAGUUUCAACCCCGUCAACCCCCGGCCUUUCCUGCAGGCGAAGGUCGGAACCGAGCUCGUCAUCCGCCUCAAGUGGGGCCAGACCGAAUACAAGGGCAAGCUGGAAAGCAUCGACUCGUACAUGAACGUGCUGCUGCGGGACACGGAAGAGUUCAUCGAUGGCAAGAACACGGGAACGCUGGGUCUGGUGCUGAUUAGGUGUAACAACAUCCUCUGGAUGGGUUCCGCGGACAGCGUGGAAAUGACGGACCUGGGGCUGCGAUAGACGGGAGGGUUUGUCCUGCCGACUCCCGUGACGCUAUGACAGGCACAGGC